AGAUGGCUCCCUCUCCCACCAAACGCAAAAACCGCUCUGAUGAGAAGUCCAAGGAUCGCUCUAAAGAUAAAGGGGCCACCAAGGAGUCCAGUGAGAAGGACCGCGGCAGGGAUAAGACUCGAAAGAGACGCAGUGCUUCCAGUGGUAGCAGCAGUACCAGGUCAAGGUCCAGUUCGACCUCCAGCUCGGGCUCCAGUACUAGCACAGGCUCCAGCAGUGGCUCCAGCUCCUCCUCGGCAUCCAGCCGCUCAGGAAGUUCCAGCACAUCCCGUAGCUCCAGCUCCAGCAGCUCCUCUGGCUCCCCGAGCCCUUCGCGGCGCAGACAUGACAACAGGCGGCGCUCCCGAUCCAAAUCCAAGCCACCUAAAAGAGAUGAAAAGGAGAGGAAAAGACGAAGUCCUUCCCCUAAACCCACCAAAGUACAUAUUGGGAGGCUCACCAGGAAUGUGACCAAGGAUCACAUCAUGGAGAUAUUUUCCACCUAUGGGAAAAUUAAAAUGAUUGACAUGCCCGUAGAAAGGAUGCACCCCCAUCUGUCCAAGGGCUAUGCCUACGUGGAGUUUGAGAAUCCAGAUGAAGCUGAGAAGGCACUGAAGCACAUGGAUGGAGGACAAAUCGAUGGCCAGGAGAUAACCGCCACUGCUGUGUUGGCCCCCUGGCCUCGGCCACCUCCCCGGCGAUUCAGCCCUCCCAGGAGAAUGCUGCCACCACCUCCCAUGUGGCGCAGGUCACCCCCACGGAUGAGGAGAAGGUCACGCUCACCAAGGCGCAGGUCCCCUGUGCGCCGACGAUCCCGGUCCCCCCGCCGCCGCCACAGGAGCCGCUCCAGUUCCAACUCCUCCCGAUAAGCAGGGCCAGAAGCUCAAGCCCUCGAUUCCACAUCCUACACAGCUCAGCUUCGUCCCAGAGGUCCUAGGAGAGGAGAGCCCUCCCUCCGACAAGCCUUGAAGGCAGUGUUUGAGACAUUUCUUCUGCAGGCCAAGCUCCAGCUGCAGAAGUACUGGUUUGGGAUUGUGGCUGUAAAGAUGCCCUUCAGUUUUCUGGCUAGAAGUUUACCUGUUUCCAGCUCCUGAGAGUCUGCUCCCUGGCUCCCCAGCGGGGG